AAUAGAGGACUCUGAUUAAAAUAAAACACCUAUCAGGACUUGUUGCUGGGCUAGUUGGUUCAUCUUAGUCCAUAGUGUUUAGACGCAAUCAAGGACGGAAAAAAGGAAUCAGGACAGUAAAGAGCUCUUUCCUGUCCUGAUUCUUUUUUACCGUCCUUGGUUGCGUCUAAACACUACGGAUUAGGACUCAUUAACCCGCGCAUAUCUCCACAUGAUUCAAAGUUUUGCUUCAACCAUUUUGAUGUUGUUUAAUGUUGUCAUAACUCCAGCGCAAUGUGUACACCAGUGUUGCUCAUGGAUGCUUGAAAUUGGUUCUUUAAAUCACAAUCUACUGUAUGUCGUGCUUUAAAUUUGCCCGUGUAUUAUUCUGUGAAAUGGGAGCCACGCGUACCCGUGUUCAGUUUCUUUCUGAACAAUGAGCGACUCAACCGGUGGAAGGGCUUCGUUAGCCGCUGCUGCUAAACGAGCUGUCCGAGCAGAGGCUCAGCGUCGCCGACGCCAGAACCCACAGGUGCGCGCCGCCGAAGCAGAAGCUAAGCGUCGCCGCCGCCGAGAGGACCCUGCCCUUCGCACCGCCGAAAUAGAAGCUAAGCGUCGCCGCCGCCAAGAGGACCCUGCCCUUCGCACCGCCGAAGCAGAAGCUAAGCGUCGCCGCCGCCGAGAUGACCCUGCCGUCCUCGCCGCCGAAGCCGAAGCUAAGCGUCGCCGCCGCCGAGGGGACCCUGCCCUUCGCGCCGCCGAAGUAGAAGCUUACCGUCGCCGGCGCCGAGAAGACCCUGCCCUUCGCGCCGCCGAAGCAGAAGCUAAGCGUCGCCGCCGCCGAGAGAACCCUGCCGUUCGCGCUGCCGAAGCAGACGCCAAGCGUCGCCGCCGCCUAGAGGACCCUGCUGCCGUUCGCGCCGCCGAACGAGAAGCUAAGCGUCGCCGCCGCCGAAAGGACCUUGCCGUUCGCGCCGCCGGAGCAGUUCAGCCCGUUCAGCGCCGAUGCCGAGAGGACCUUGCCGUUGACGCCGACGGAUGGAUGGAUGGAUGCUAUGAGCGUCCCCUUUGGAACGGGGCGAACGUUCUGGAAACGGCGGCAGCACGCUCGCGCACCUUGUUUACGUCGCCGCGUGGGUUAAGAACUUCAUUCCACAUCGCUAUGGGUGACGACGCACCAGGCUCUUGUCGCAGGCGGGGAAGACCGAGAAAGUACGCCACAGCGGAAGAGGCUAGAACAGCUCGAAAUGCCGCUCGUCGUAACCGCCGUCGGGAGGAAGCGGCUAUGGAUGAAGCUGCGGCAGUCGCCCGACGAGAGCAACAUGCGGCACUAAUGCGACGCAGGCGUUCUGGGAAUGCAGAAUUGGUGGAGAGAGAGGCCGCUGCCGCACGUGCAAGACGUGCCGCCUUGAGAGGUGAAGGUACCGACGGGGGCAAACAGGAGCCAAAUGGCGAGCGAGCGGAACGAGCUUCGGAGGGUGCUGUCCAGGUCGCUGGUCAAGUGGACAGAAAGAAGGAACCUGCCUUUUGCUGCACUCACGCGAGGUCAACGAAACCUGUGCAGACUGAGGCCUCAUGGCUGUUCAACAGCAGUGUGGAUGUUGCAGUUGAGACAUCAAGAAGCAUUGCCGUGUGCAAAUCAACCCAGACGCCACUUGUUGCUGUGAAGGUGAACAGGGGGACAGAAACCACAGGUCUAAUCCAAGGACAGUGACACCGUCAUGCAAGAGUUUCCUGGUGACGCUGCCAGCCCCGGGCACAUGCGGGAACAGCCGCCUCAGCCAGGGCCAUCUGGGCUAUGAAGAGGUAGUCCCUUUGUUGCAGCACAUUACAGAGCAUAAGUAUCCCAUCAAGUCCACCUGGUGCUUCAGUGAGGCCACUUCCCAGUCGACACAGGCAGAGCUCCCUCGCCUGAGGGUUUCCAGGGAGAUGCAGUCAGGGAAUGUGGCAUUCAACUCUACACGGCCACUCAAUUCACUCAACAGCAGCUUUUGCAGCCCAGUUCAGUCAACAGCAAGAACAAGCAGUUCAGUCGGCAUCAGUGGCCAGAAGGAGGGAGGAUUCUAGUACCUGUGAUUUUGACGGGAGCCAACCUUCAAGUGGUGCCAUAGUGUCUUACAGCUGAUGAUUCCUUCUGCCAGAAGCAACUGCCCAGCGCAAGUGGGAACCAGUGCCGUUCUUUGUGGAGAGGCAAGCUCUCUCGUUGCCGCCGUGAAGUCAGCGAGUGUCGCAUACGCCUGCACAUUUUGUUUGCAAGAAUUUCAGGACAUAAGAUCCCUCACCGCCCAUGUAGAGAAGUGCCUGUGGUCGCAGCCGUAUCAGUGUCACUUGUGCUCUAGUCAUUGCUCAGACUGGACGACACAGACCCAUCUCAGGGAAUCGGGAACGAAGUGCCCUUUUUCUGAGUACGCAAUUGGCACAAGGGCAUGGGAGAUGAUGCAACACAUAAAGUGGCACCUGGCUGUCAAGCAGUUCAUGUGCAGCGUCUUCCAAUUAUCCUUCACGAACGGGUACGAUCUUGUUGGGCACGUUCGCCAGCGCCACCUGGUUCAAAACUUAUACAAGUGCGGGUGGUGUCCAAAGUCAUACUUCAGAAGAAAAUUCUACAAAUUCAUGUUCGUUGACUCAUUGGUGAGCAGCUUGGCUAGCUUUGCAUGUGACAUCACGAUUGUUAAACAGCUGUGUACAAGUGUGUUGUGUGCUCACGUGAGUGUGCGAAUUAGUGGAGCCAAUAUAACUGGAUCUUCAUUAACUUCAGAUUCAAGCUUUUCAUUUCACAUGCAUGUAUACAAACUCAGCACUGUCUCGAAAAUCCUUUACUGAGCAGAGGUUCAGCUUGAUCCCUGACCAGCCUCCCUUUGUAAGCAAGCUGCCCAAAUUUAGUUUGUGCUGUCUGGAGUUGACUGUAAAUCGGCAUUUUAGGGUGUUGCUCAGUGAGGUAGCACAUGUGUUUAUCUGGUAUGGGAUAGCAACUGCACGAGAUGUGCAUGCAGUGCAGCGAGAUGUGCAUGCAUGGUAAUUGCAGUAAUUUUGUAACAAACGCUUGUUCCGCGGCACCGAGGACCCAGGCAGCUGGACUAAACCGGCGCCGUACUGUUGUUGCUGUUCUUAUAUGCCAUACAGUGUCACCGGGGCUGUCCGCUCUCGUGCGCUUGACACCAUCUCCCCACACACUGUAGUUUUUAAGACCUGCACUAUCUUCCCAAAUCUCGACACAAUGCAGGUCUCAUAUAAGUGAGGCAUAUGGCUUUCUGCUGACACUGUGCGCUGUGCCAUGACUCCUUGGGUUGUAAAACCGCAGAUGACUUCAUUUGUAAAUAUGUAAUUGAUAUUACGUACCAAUGUUGUUGUUGCCGAGAUUUGUUUCUUUUGAUACAGGCGUUGGUGCAAGUGCCCUUGUGUUAACAUUCUUGCUCUGCCUUGAAUUUUUCUUUUUUUUCUUUUUAAAGGCCAACUACUAUUCUGUUACACAUUCCGCUGCUUCACUUAGGUUCGGUUUGCUUUGUAUCUUAUAAUACGUGUUGUUUUCCUACUGCUACGAAAUCCUUAGUACUGUCCCCCACAGUGCCCUUGUGCCAUUUCUUGUGAUACUAAUUAUCAGACGUGUGCCGCAGAACCAACAUCAUUUAUUGGGAGUGACCUCAUUUACAUAGCACAAACCUGAACCACAGAGUCCUAACAAUCUCUGUAGUACUCUGUUUCAUACUUCGCAGGCCAUUCUUCACGAGCUUAUGAGAGUAGUGCCAUUAUGGAAGUCUCGCUUCAUGUGUUUCACACUGCACUUGUUUAGGAUCUGCGACACUUUCUACGAAGUACUACUUCACAUAUUACAAGUACAGCUUGUAGUCGUGAGGUUACGUCAAGUCACAUACUUGUGUACUUCCAGUAGCCACUGCACUAUGUUUUGGUCGCAAGCACUGGCUGUGCACUAUGGUCGCUGGUCACAGAAAUGUGUCGCUUCACUUGUUUGGUGGCAAAUAGGUUCAACCCUGUGAUGCCUUCCAUCUUAUAAUUAUGUGAUAUUUUGCUACCCAAGAUAGGCGACUUAAUGUUGCAUUGAAUUGCACGAUGCAUGCAUACAUUUUUCUUUCAUGUGUGAUAACACAAUUAUUUUAUCGUAAAUGCAAGCAGUGAGAAAAGACUUUUGUAGUCACCUGAUAUAAGAGUAUGUACGGUUGUUUCACGCUCACCUCAUGAGUACUUCUGAAAGUGCAAAAAAAAAUAUAGCAACAGCUGCACUAAAGGUGCUGCUGAGUUACAUGAAACGUGCCGGGUUGGACAAUAAUAAAUUGCGACUGGGUGACA